CCUCUUGGUAGUGGGAGAUGCAUUGUCAUGAGUUGGUCGUUCACACCCUUGGGAAGACUGGUAGGUAUGGGGACAAGAUGAUUCUUAACCGCAAAGCCAACUCCAGAUUCACAACGUUCAUCACUGCUACGUCCCCACCAAAAGAAUGUGUAACCACCUCCUGUUUCUGUGAGCUGACCUUCGUUGGCUAGGCGAGUUUCACACAGGGCCACAAUAUCAAUGUUAAAUCUUGUGAGCUCUCUGGCGACCAGGGCUGUUCUUCUUUCUGGUCGAUCUGCUGAGGGGUUGUCUUGAAGCGUGUGUACAUUCCAUGUGCCAAUAGUCAGUGGUGUUACCUUGCGUUUGCAUUUUGUUUGCAGUUUUGUUGUUCAACCGCAUAAGAUGGAAUUCCCUCCAGCUGGCCAGGAUUCUGUGAAGCAAACAAUGUUUAGGGCACCUUUUCUAGCCCCUUGCUCUUGCUACAGAGGUGAGCAGUGCGGUCCUAAAGAGGGCUGCUCAGUCACUCAGGUAGACACUGAAUCCAGCUGUUGCUUUGGUCAGCAAGAAGACGACCAUUAGACCUGAGCCGCCUGUGUGCAGGUCUGCGGCUACAGCUCCCAGUGUAUCCACACCUGCUGCUUCAUCGCUCUCCCAUCACCACAGGACUUUGAGGUUUACUAGAACUGAGGAAGUCAAGACUUGUGCGUGGAUUGGAUUAAAGUGAAGGAGAGGUGCGCAUAGUCAGCCUCACUCUCUCUUCCCAGAAUCCAUCUUGCUCCAGUGGCAGCACAAGAGUCAAGACGUUUGGAGAUGGACUGGGCACAGUGGUUGACCAGGGCGUCUUCGUGUCUUGCCGUGCUCUUAGCGUACCACAACGCUUGCAGAAACCGCCUUCAUGAAAAAUAACCAGUGGGCAGAAGGACUGUUGCCCAUGUUCUGCCAAACCCUAUGUUGUUGUUGUUUAGGUUCAAGAUAAGAAGCAAAGUAUUCUUUAAUGAAUAUAGUGUUUUAGGAAUUAAGCAUCUCACUACUUCUAAAAUGUCUCUAAUAAUUUUGCUUGUGCUCAUUGCUAUAUUGAAUAUUAUACUUAGAUCUCAAUAGCCAUUUGUAAUUUUGUAGGGUGUUCAUCCUAAUUUUUUUUUCUCUGUUGCAGGAGAGAUUACUGUAAGCAAAAUAUGGAAUGGGUUUCAUUUGGGACUGAAUCCAGCCAAACAAACAGUAUUGACAAUAGCUUGAAAAUCACCAGUUAGCAGUUUCUUCACGCUCCAACACUACACAGCACUUUCCAGAGAGACCUCAUUGUGUGCAAGAAAUCUGCUUUACAAAUCUGCCUCGGUACCCUACAGCUUUGUCUCAUUAAAUACUUACAAAAGAAAAACCUAUCUACAAAAGUUCUUGGGGAAAAUGGCAUUAGAAGAAUACCUGUGGAUGGUCAUUGUGGGUUUUAUCAUUGCUUUUGUUUUAGCAUUCUCUGUUGGGGCAAAUGAUGUUGCCAAUUCUUUUGGUACUGCUGUGGGCUCUGGUGUAGUUACUUUGCGCCAGGCCUGUAUUCUUGCUUCUAUUUUUGAAACUACGGGUUCAGUGUUGCUAGGAGCAAAAGUAGGUGAAACCAUUCGUAAAGGCAUAAUUGAUGUAAAUCUGUACAACAACACUGUGGAUCGACUAAUGGCAGGAGAAGUCAGUGCAAUGGUUGGAUCUGCUCUUUGGCAGUUAAUUGCAUCAUUCUUGAAGCUCCCCAUAUCUGGAACUCAUUGCAUUGUAGGUGCCACCAUUGGAUUCUCAUUAGUUGCAAUUGGUACAAAAGGAGUCCAGUGGAUGGAACUUGUAAAGAUUGUUGCUUCUUGGUUUAUCUCCCCUCUGUUGUCUGGUAUGAUGUCUGGUGUGCUGUUUCUGCUGAUUAGAUUCUUCAUCUUAAACAAGGAAGACCCUGUACCUAAUGGUCUCCGUGCUCUUCCAGUAUUCUAUGCUGCUACAAUAACAAUUAAUAUGUUUUCCAUAAUGUACACUGGUGCCCCAGUUCUAGGAAUCAGUCUUCCUAUAUGGGCAAUAGCACUGAUAUCAAUUGGUAUAUCACUAGUAUUUGCUGCCUUAGUCUGGAUAUUUGUGUGUCCAUGGAUGAGAAGAAAAAUAGCAAGUCAGUUAAAGAAAGAAGGUGCAUUAUCAAAGAUCUCUGAUGAAAGCCUUGACAAAAUUCAAGAUGAGGAUAUGCCUGUCUUUAAAGAACUUCCUGGUGCCAGAGCAACUGAUGAAAGUAUUAUUCCUCUUACUGGUUCUGUAACAGAAGAGGCUGGUGCAUCAGAUAAUAUAGCAAAUGGCAGUCAUCCACGUGUGCCAUAUGGAAGGGCAUUUUCAAUGACACACAGUAUGGUGAAAUCACCUGUUUCCAAUGGCACCUUUAAUUUUGAUGGUCACAUGAAGAGUGAUAUACAUGUAUAUCACACUGUGCACAAAGACUCAGGGUUGUACAAAGACUUACUGCACAAAAUACAUCUAGACCGAGGUAAUGAUGACAAGCCUGCACAAGAAAAUAACUACAAGUUGCUACGACGCAAUAACAGUUACACUUGCUACACAGCUGCCAUAUGUGGGAUGCCAGUGCAUUCUUCCUUCAAGGCUACUGACAUGUCAACUCCAGAAGAUAGUGAAAAGCUAGUUACAGACACAGUAUCUUACUCAAAAAAAAGAGUUCGCUAUGACAGCUACUCCAGCUACUGCAAUGCUGUGGCAGAAGCAGAAAUUGAAGCAGAAGAAGGUGGUGUGGAGAUGAAAUUGGCAUCUGAGUUAGUUGAUCCUAACCAUCCCUCGGAGGAUCCUGCAGAAGAAGAGAGAGAUGAGAGAGACUCCUCAGAGGUCCACCUUCUUUUCCACUUUCUCCAAAUUCUUACAGCUUGUUUUGGAUCUUUUGCUCAUGGAGGUAAUGAUGUUAGCAAUGCUAUUGGCCCUUUGGUGGCCCUCUGGCUGAUAUAUGAUCAAGGUGCCGUAAUGCAAGAAGCUCCUACUCCUGUUUGGCUGCUACUGUAUGGAGGUAUUGGCAUCUGUGUGGGCCUCUGGGUCUGGGGCCGAAGAGUGAUCCAGACAAUGGGAAAAGACCUCACACCCAUCACACCUUCAAGUGGAUUUUGCAUUGAAGUAAUGUGUGCGCUAACCGUACUUGUAGCCUCAAAUGUGGGUAUUCCAAUAAGCUCCACUCAUUGCAAGGUUGGUUCUGUGGUAGCAGUUGGCUGGAUCCGCUCCAAGAAGGCUGUUGACUGGCAUCUCUUUCGCAAUAUCUUUCUAGCCUGGUUUGUGACUGUUCCUGUAGCUGGCUUAUUCAGUGCUGCUGUUAUGGCAGUCUUAAUGUAUGGUAUCCUGCCAUAUGUCUGAUCUGGUGUUCCUUCCAGGAAACAAGGGAGUCUCUCUUUGAAAUAAAACGGCAAGAUUUCUCCCUCAUAGUACAACACUCCCUGUUCAAACCAUACUGUAAGAGCUAAUCAGCGAGGCUUUAUCUUCAGUAUCUAACAUCUACUGUAUAUCAUCAGUGUCACUGGUUAAUUUUAACACUUUGGUGCCGUUUUCUUAUGUAUUAAAGAAAUAUAUAUAUAUGCUUAUAGUAGAUAACACUACCGUAAAUUAUAAGUAACAUGAAAAUAAUUGCCUGGAAGUGAAUCUCUAGUAAAACUUGUACAUAAUGUAUCAUUUAGUGGCAUUUUUAAUCUUUUAGAGAAGCUGGGAUGUUUGUCAAUUUCAUAUAUAAUGAAGCAAAGUGCAAAAUGGUUAUGAUACUUUUAAAAAAUAUUAUGUUUAAUGAUACUAGAACAAAGCACUGCAGAGUACAGUGGGAAAAACAUGAUUCAUAUCAUAUUGUUGCUUAUAAUACUGUAUGGACAUUGAUUUUAUAAAUACUUACAAAAAUGUAGCUUUUUAACAGUGUAUUUCCCUGUAUAUUUUGGAUAAGAAUGUUUAGAAAGUACCAAAGAAUGGGAAUAGCUUGUCAGUAUUAUAUUGUUUAUCUGUGUGUGUGUGUGUGUGUGUGUGUGCAUGUGUGCACUUUUUCUCUCCUCCCCAAAUAACUUUCCAAUAAAAGUUAUUUUCUAUGCAUUGGCCACCGACAUAGAUUUCAGUUUUACUGUAACUAGCAAAGUGUCAUACUGUUACAGUCUAUUUAUCGAAUGUUAUCCAUAUAGAUAAACCUAGUUUCCAUAUGUGUCACACCUCAGAUUUCUUCAAACAAGUGCCCAUCAUCCUAUAUGAUUCCAGUUCUACUUGCACAACAUCCAUCUAUUAGCAAGUUCAGGAGAAGGUGAGGAUUGAGGCUGUUUUGCUUUGCUUCUGUUGCCUCCAGUAAGUCUCAACUAUACAAUGUCAACUGAAGAAUGAUACACUGCAUAUUGGUGGUGGCAACAGGGGUCAAGUUAGGCUAGUUUGGGUUUUUAAUUAGUAGUCAAAAUGUUUGAACUGGCUGUUUAAAAUUGUCAUACAAAUAACUGUUUAAAGGAGGAACAAAAAUAAGAGCCACUACUGAUACCAAACUUGAGCAGGUUGAUAGCUGCUGAAGCAUGGCUCUUUCCUUAAUCCUGUGACUCAGUAAUAUUAUAUAAUAAGUCUGAGGCCAUGUCAAAGAAUCCAGACUUCUGCUUUUAAGGUGAACAUUGCUGUAGUUCAGUGCUGACAUGGGAAGGAGCUGCAGCAUGAGCUCUUAACAGUGUCACUUGGGAUGUAGGAUGCUACCAAGGAUGGCUGAUUGGAAAGAAUGCAGUAGCUUCUGCGUUGCUAAAAUUAUUACAGAGAGACCUUUUACCUCUUUAUGAAGAGGCAUCCUAGUCUGCCAGUCCCGUGUACUUUAUAAGCUGAAUGUACCAUGCUACUGAACAGGCCUAAUGGUUUUUGGCCUUAGAACUUCAAUUUUCUGUAAUUCUUUGGCUAUCCACCUGAUAAAGUGUUUCCCUUGUUAUAUAAAGAGCCUGGCAGAUACCUGGUGGAAUCCAGUUUCUGUUGCCAUGGAAACCUUGAGCACAGACUUCUAGUAAGUUCUCUUGCACAAGUCAUAUCGAAAUUUUGCUAUUGUAUAGCUCCUGUUUGUUUCCUUUGUGCAGGAGUAUUUCCCAAAAAAUUGCUUCUUGGCAUUUGAAUAAUUAUUAUUGUGGUGGUGCUCUGGUUGGGUUUCCUGGAGGUGGUUUGAGAAAGCAGUGCUUACAAAAUGCUGGGAGCUAGGACUGUUGAAAUGCUGCUAAACUUUUGAUACAUGAGCUUUCUUGGUACUCCAUUGUGAUUCUUUUUCAUUGGUAAAACAUUCUAAAUUUAUAAUAAAAAUUAAUUAUCCUAGGA